CUGAGCGCGGCGCACCGCGUCCCGCCACCAGCGCCAUGGCGCCCAGCGGCAAGGUGGCAGUAGUGCUGUGCCUGGAUGUAGGCCUUACAAUGAGCAGUUCUUCCCCUGGUGAAGAGUCUUCACUUGACCAAGCCAAGAAGAUUAUGACAAAGUUUGUGCAGAGACAGGUUUUUGCUGAGAGUAAAGAUGAAGUUGCUGUAGUUCUGUUUGGCACUAAUGGCACUAGAAAUGGCCUUGCCAGUGAGGAUCAAUACCAAAACAUUACUGUACAUAGAUCACUGAUGCUGCCAGAUUUUGAUCUGCUGGAAGACAUUCAGAAUGUGAUUAAAGCAGGCUCUGCACAAGCAGACUUUCUGGAUGCUAUUAUUGUGUGUAUGGACUUGCUUCAGAAAGAAACAAUAGGGAAGAAAUAUGAGAAGAGGCACAUUGAAUUGUUUACAGACCUUAGUAGUCCUGUCAGUGAGGAUCAGCUGGAAAUUAUCAUUGCUAACUUGAAGAAAACAGGAACUUCAAUUCAGUUUUUUCUGCCAUUCCCAGUGAGUGUUGAUGAUGGAAGUGGAGAUAAAAGUGCCAGUGUACAUGCUCAUAUGCACAAAAACUUUUUUCCAAUAAAGGGUUUAACUGAACAACAAAAGCAAGGUAUUGAUGUGGUGAGGAAGCUCAUGUACACUUUGGAUGAAGAAGGAGGGCUGGAAGAAAUUUAUACUUUCAGAGAGAGCCUGGAACGCCUUUCAAUGUUUAAGAAAAUGGAAAGGAAGCCAAUGCCUUGGCCCUGCCAGCUCACUAUUGGUCCUAAUUUGUCUAUAAGGAUUGUGGCCUACAAAUCAGUCACAGAAGAGAGGGUGAAAAAACUUUGGGCAAUUGUGGAUGCUAAAACCCUCAGAAGAGAGGAUGUGCAAAAAGAGACUGUUUACUGCUUGAAUGAUGAUGAUGAGACAGAGGUUCAGAAAGAUGAUACUAUUCAAGGUUUUCGGUAUGGGAGUGAUAUAGUUCCUUUUUCCAAGGAAGAUGAAGAGCAAAUGAAAUACAAAACAGAAGGAAAGUGUUUUUCUGUUUUGGGAUUCACUAGAUCCUCACAGAUCCAGAGGCAUUACUACAUGGGCAACCAAGCUCUGAAGGUCUUUGCAGCAAAGGAUGAUGCGAAUGCAGCAGUUGCUUUUUCUGCACUUGUUCGUGCAUUGGAUGAGUUGAAAGUGGUGGCUGUAGUGCGCUAUGCUUAUGAUAGAAGAUGCUAUCCACAAAUUGGAGUAGCUUUUCCAUAUAUUAAGGAUACAUAUGAGUGUCUCAUCUAUGUGCAGCUACCCUAUAUGGAAGACUUAAGACAGUAUGUAUUUUCAUCCUUGAAAAACAGUAAAAAAUGCAUUCCUACAGUGGAUCAGUUAUCUGCUGUUGACUCGCUGAUUGAUUCUAUGAAUUUGGUUCAUGAAGAUGGAGAAACUUUUGAGGAUCUAUUUAAGCCCAGCAAAAUUCCAAACCCUCAUUUUCAGAGAUUAUAUCAGUGUUUGCAGCACAAGGCUUUUCACUCUGAUAAGCCACUGCCACCAAUAGAACAGCAUCUUUUAGAAAUGCUAGAGAUGCCUUGUGUGGUAAGAGAAAGGUGUCAGGCUCCUCUGGAAAGAGUAAAAGCACUUUUCCCCCUGAAGGAAGUUGGCAAGAAAAAAGAAGAGAAGACUGCACAAGACAUCUUCAAAGACAAUGAAGAUGAACCCAGCCUUAAGAAACCAAAAAUUGAAGAUGAGGAAGAGGGCUUUAGCCUUAUGAAACUUGCUGAAGGCAAUAUCACCUCUGUAGGCAGUGUUAACCCAGCAGAAGAUUUCCGAAUUCUGGUGAGGAAGAAAAAUGCUGACUUCAAAGAUGUGAGUCAGCAGUUGAAAAACCGCAUUGAUCAGUUCUUGGAAAACAAAGGUUCCCAGUACUACAUGAAAGGGAUCGACUGUAUCAGAGCUUUUAGAGAGGAGGCCAUGAAGCUGUCCAAGGUGCAGUGCUUUAAUGACUUUCUGCAGGCACUGAAAUCAAAGUUGGAAGAUAAAGCCUUAUCUGAUUUCUGGGAGAUCAUGGUACAAGAAAGGAUUUCUUUGAUCACUAAAGAUGAAGCAGAAGGAAGUUUGGUGACAGGUGAAGAGGCUGAGAAGUUCUUGGCUCCAAAGGAAGAGAAAAAUGAAACUCUGCCUCCUACAGAUGAAGGUGGUGAUGUUGAUGAUCUGCUGGACAUGAUGUGACCAGUGAUAUAUGGUGACUGUGGAAGCAAAGUUUUGGAAGAGAUGGCUCUGUGAGAUGGGGCCCAAAAAAAGAUGCUAAUGAGAAGAAAGUACAUCCAUCUUUAUUUUCUCAAAUGAGAACAGAAAUCCCAGAAACGUUUCCAGCUGGUAUAAAUGGCAUCUGACUUUCAAAACUAGAACAGAAGAUUGAAAUUGUCUGAAGUAUUUGGGCAGUAAUGGUACCUUUAAGGGAUCUUUUUUUUUUUUCUUUAAGACUGAAUUUAGCUUGUCCUUUGUAUUGCUUUUAGCUGAACACUACUAAAUUUAAUGAGAAUCUGCUCUGGUGCCUGAAAUUCCUGUUGCAUUGCCUGGGAAGAAAGACAGAAAUGUCACAGCAAGGUUACCAGGUAAUACUGAAUAUUUAGUGGAGGUAACCCUAUAGGUUUAUUGUUACAGAAGUGAAAAAGUAUCUUAUUUUCAUGCUUUAAAAAAACCAACCAACCAACUCAAAUAAACACAAAACAAGAUAGAGCAAAAAACCAACAAAGCACCAUGAAAAACAGCACAGAGGCUUGUGGGAAAAAAUUCUGGGUCAGGGACUCACAAGUUAAUAGUUUGAAAUACACACAGAAUCUGAAGCACACAGCAGAGCCAGGUGUGCUGAUUUUGCCACACUGACCCCAGAUCAGUAAUUAUGGUCUUCUCUGCACUACAGGUUCACUUUCCUGUCAGCUCAGCAGCAGCCCAAGGUCUCUGUCCCUUUCUGUGACACAUUUUCCUGUUUCAGGGGCUGGGAUUUUUGAUUUUUUUAGACUUGUAACUAGUACAGUUACUGUAGAUGCUCCUGGUGCUGAAAGGAGAAUGAAUCAGUUCUGUGUCCGUUCCAUACACUGCUGAGAACUGCUCACCCAGAGCAGAAGGGUCCCUCAAAGCUGUACACUGACAGCUGGGAUGGAUAAGUGAUAAUAGUUAACACUGCUAACCAGGAUGGAGUAAUGUCUGCACAGAGCAAUCCAAACUAGUCAAAUACUGCUUAGAAAGAAACAUUCAAGUCUGAUUGCAGAGCUGAAGAGACAGUAAUGACACCUUCACACAUGCUUGUCUCUUAGAACCAGAUUCAUUCCUUUAAAAGCUGGUGCUUCAUUAUUAUAAAUGUAUAAAUGUACUGUGCAAAAUGGUAUUAAGAUCACAAAAAAAG